AUGGUGGUCCACAACCCUAAUAAUUGGCACUGGGUCGAUAAAAACUGUUUACCUUGGGCAAAAACAUAUUUCAAUGACAAUAUCAAAAAUACAUCUUUCGAAAAUGACGAGUUCAACUUUUACAUAUCAGAUAUUCAGUCAGUUACUGGACAUUGUGAUGUUACUCAAAGAAAGGGCAAUGUUUUGUGUAUAUAUGAUUUGAGACUUGUCUUUAACGUACUGGGAAAGAAAAAGAGCAACCUGGAUGAUGAUGAAAGUAUUUCAGGAACCAUCACCAUCGACGAGUUCGAACAUGACCAAGAUAAGAGCGAAUAUGUAUAUAAGAUCGUUGUCGAUGAUGUGUCAACCGAAGUAGAUAAGUAUUUGAUACCGUUAUUGACUUCAAAGUUGGUUAAGUUUCAACCCGAUUUGAUAGAAGCCCACGCCAAGGAUGUACAACAUACAGAAAAGUAA